UUUUACUAAUAAGGUGGACGAAGUUUCAGAGUUGACUAGUGCAUCAUAUCCCACCGCUUUUAAGGUUCUCUUCUUAGAGAUGUAGAUGCUGGCCUAUCAUGUUGCACGGGCUUGGAGGGUGAUGUAAUUACUGUUAUUAAUUUUUUAUUGUUAUUGUUGUUGUUAUUGUUGAAGUUGAAAUUUGUUUUUAUUUUAAAGGAUUUUGGGAGGCUGCUCGAGUGUGGGAACAAAAUGCGAUGUUUGCUUAUACUGAAACAGCUUAUAUCUAUGGGACUAAGUUGUUGGAAUAUGGAUCUCUGCACAAGGCGAUUAAUGCCUUUACAUCAGGCUUUAAUAUGGCUGAAAGUGAAGAAAAGAAAAAGAUGGAAGAUAUGCUUACGGAGGCAGAGAGAAGAAUGAAAGCUUUAAGAGAACAUACAGCAUUGGAAGAAAUUGUACCAGUUGUAGAAGAAAAUGUUCCAGAAGAUUUUCAACAAGUAGCACAAGAUGAUCACCAACAAGCUGAACAUGAAUCCGAAAGACAUGCAAAAGAGCCUUUGGCGGAGGAGGAUGUGAGAAUCAUUGUGGAAUCAAAGAGGAAAGCCAAGAAAAAAAAGAGCAAAGAAAGCAACUCUCAAUGGUCAAGAAAGCUGCGGAGGUAGCAGAUGAGUCAGAUGGAAAUGUUUUGGAGGAAAGCAAAGAUAAGGGAAGUUGAUCAAAUUUGGUCGAAGAAAGAAAACCGCCGGAGGCAAGAUUAUGUUAUUUGUCAAACACUAGUAAAGAUUGAAUAAAAAUAGCGCACAAAUAAGCUAUUAAAUAAUGUUUAGUUAAGAUUAGCACUUAUCAUUAAUUAAACCCGU